CGCAAUAACCCUCCUCGCCAGCCUCUAUACUCAUGAAGCCUCCAAAGAUACAAUCAUGUUCAUACUCUCCACUAUACAAGACUUGAUACAAGUCAAACCCCAGGACUUCAACAAGCCUAGCGCCCAAGCUAUCAAAGAUGUAGUCAACGAGAAGUACAGCAACAAAAUCAUCCCUGGUAUCGGCCUAUGUAUAUGCAUGUGGGACCUUCUCUCAGCAACUGAGGGGCUGAUCGGCCACGGGACCGGGCUCGUCAACGUAAAGAUCGAAUUCCGCAUGUCUGUCUUCCGCCCCUUCCGCGGUGAGAUCAUUUACGGACGCAUCAAAACUUCAAAUCCAGAUGGCAUCAUUCUCGACCUAGAUUUCACGUCCGAGGUCUUCAUUCCUUAUCAGAACCUCUUCGAAAACUCAUCCUUUUCUGCCGCUGAGAAUGUCUGGGUGUGGAACUCGGAUGGCACAGAGCUCUUUCUCGACAAGGGCGAGCCAGUGCUGUUUAGGGUUGAGCAAGAGGAGUGGAUUGACCAACGGCCAACUAUCGUGCAAAAGGACGAGAAGGGUGAGAUUAUUGAGGAGAGGGGUACGGCUUGGAGGCUUGUUGGCUCGAUGAAUCAGGCUGGUCUAGGCCCAACGCUGUGGUGGGGCGAGCAAGAAGAAGAGGGUGAAGAGGGUGAGGAUGGUGAUGUCGAGAUGGCGGGUGCGGAGGAGUGAUUAUCCAGCACGACAUGCAUUGGGCGGCGUUGAUAUUGAAAUAAUUUUGGUUGGCCAAAAUUACUUUUUCUUCCCGCGCUUUACCUUUACUUGAAUGUCUAAUCCACACCAACAGCACAUUUAUCGGUCAGCUAAAGCUUCCUCACAUCUACUUCUUUCAGGACUGAUUGCAAAAUCAUGCCUACCUUCGACGUGGAAUUCCAGUUGUCAAAGAUCGUAAGAGAUGGUACCAAGACGAGCAGCAGUGAUUGCCAGCGCAUCAUGAUUCUAUUUACACCUUCAUUUAUAAAAUUUCUUGCAUGUGCUAUUGCACUACCC